UUAUGAACCAUCACCAAAAAAAUAUUCUCUCUUCUAACUUCGAAAUCUGACUUUGCUUCACACAAGUGAACUCUAUAAAAUCUAAAAUAUGACCAUUUUACUUGCAUUGCAGAAUUUCCGAUGACAUAUUUACACAGAGUUUCCAAACUUCUACCGGUCAGCUUCAGCCGGCAUCGAGCUCAACUGUUUUAGGCUCGUCUGUUCAGACAAGUAUAACAAUGAUCACUAUUAGCAGGGGUUGGUUGAUGGUGACAUCUGCUCUUAUACGUGCGAUCCUUAUAGUUUAUGGUGAAUGGCAAGACACCCACAUGGAAGUACACUACACAGAUAUUGAUUAUCUGGUGUUCUCUGAUGCUGCCUCUUUGAUGACUUCCAACAGAUCUCCAUAUGACAGAGCUACAUACAGAUAUUCACCGCUUUUGGCACUUGUGCUAAUACCCAAUUCAUUUCUGCAUCCCUGUUGGGGAAAAGUUCUCUUCUCUGCCGCAGAUUUGUAUGUGGGCCAUCUCAUCUAUUAUAUUCUGCGGCUACGUGAAGUACCAGAAAAACAAUGUACACUUUGUGUGGCAGCAUGGCUUUUCAAUCCAUUCACAUUCACCAUUGGCACAAGGGGAAACUGUGAACCUGUCGUGUGUGCAAUCAUUUUAUGGAUUCUGAUAUGUCUAAUGAGAGGUCAUGUUGUGGAAGCAGCAUUAUGGUAUGGACUAGUGGUUCAUUUCAGAAUCUACCCAAUUAUAUAUGUUCUGCCCAUUCUUAUUAUUCUUGACAAUGAAAAUUUUGACUUAAGGAAGAGACCUCGUCUUACUUCUUUUAAUAAUAAACAACCCAGAUCAUCUGGUACAGAACCAUUUGUUUUCCACUUGAAAGCCAUAUUUAAGGUUAACUUAUGGCUUGUGUUGAAAAAGUUCCUGAACAAACGACAGAUACUAUUUGGACUGAUCUCUGGAGGGUUCUUCUUUGUGCUGACUGGCAUUUUUUUUCAUUUAUAUGGACAAAAGUUCUUGGAUGAAGCUCUGUUAUACCACCUCACACGGACUGAUCCAAGACAUAACUUUUCCAUCUAUUUCUAUCAGAUAUAUCUUAAUCAUGAACAUGAGUUUACAUUGGCAGAAAGGCUUAUGACAUUUCUUCCACAAUUCACAGUACAACUUGUACUUGUUCUUUUCUUUGCUAAGGAUCUUCCAUUCUGUCUUUUUGUGCAGACGGUUGCAUUUGUUGCAUUCAAUAAGGUUAUCACAGCUCAGUAUUUUGUUUGGUUUUUCUGUCUUUUGCCACUGAUAUUGCCAUGGACAAAGCUUCGUUUGCGGUGGAAGGGCUUGAUAUGCAUUGGAUUAUGGAUUGUGGCUCAGGUUCACUGGUUGGGCUGGGCAUAUCUACUGGAGUUCAAAUGCAGAAAUGUGUUUGUACAAUUGUGGUUGGCAAGCAUUAUUUUUUUGGCAGCAAAUACAUGUGUCUUGGGAUUGAUUUUGGCAAAUCAUAAAUUUUGUCCUCUUUUUCAGUGCCAAGUUAAAAAUUAUGACAUUCAAGAUGAAAAGAAAAGUGAUUGAUAGAGAAAGAAGUUGCCAAUUCGAUCCAGAACUGGAUGUAUCGAAACGAUUUCACCAAUUUUUAUAGAUGAUUCCAGAUUGCGUUGCUUGAUUGGUUCAGUUAUACAGUAAUGUACCACAGUUAUGUAACAAAUGGAAGAAUGAAAUAGUCAUUGCUUAAUAUUCAAUCAACCAAAUCUUAAACUGAACACAAGUAUAUUGAAUUUCUAUUAUUUUUUAUCUGUCGUGUGGGUUCUUGAUAAUUCCAUAGGAUACCUGGCAUUAUUUUUCAAAUGGCA